AUGCACUUUACGUCACUCACUCAUUGGUCCAUAAGUAGGAUGCAGUUAAUCGUGGACGCAAUCUACAACACACCGUGAAAGGAGCAAGAAAGCAGAAGUAGCUCUCUGUACAGAACUUGACAGGGCUACGCAGCAGCAAGUUUCCUCCCGUGAAGAACCACUGGGAUAUGAUUGUGCCUUGCACUUUAAUCUUCGGUCUCCUGGCUUUCAGCCAAGCAGCUAAUCCUUGCUGCUCAAACCCAUGCCAGAACAGAGGAGUGUGUAUGACGACAGGUUUUGACCGAUAUGAAUGUGACUGUACAAGGACAGGAUUUUAUGGGGAAAACUGUACUACACCGGAAUUCUUGACCUGGGUGAAACUGUCAUUGAAACCUACUCCGAACACUGUCCACUACAUCCUCACUCACUUCAAAGGUGUCUGGAAUAUAAUAAACAGCAUUCCCUUCUUCCGUGAUUCCAUCAUGAGAUAUGUAUUGACAUCAAGGUCACAUUUGAUUGACAGUCCACCAACGUACAACAGCCAGUAUGGUUACAAAAACUGGGAAGCCUAUUCCAACCUUUCCUUCUACACUAGAGCCCUCCCACCAGUGGCACUGGACUGCCCAACACCCAUGGGUGUUAAAGGUAAGAAGGAGCUCCCAGAUUCUGCAGUAGUUGUGGAGAAAUUUCUGCUGAGGAAAAAAUUUAUUCCUGAUCCUCAAGGCACAAAUAUGAUGUUCACGUUCUUUGCUCAACAUUUCACCCACCAGUUCUUUAAGACAGAUCACCACAAAGGGCCAGCCUUCACCAAAGCUCUCGGCCAUGGGGUUGACUUGAACCACGUCUAUGGAGAGACUUUGGAUAGACAACUUAAGCUGAGGCUACUUAAGGAUGGAAAGCUGAAGUAUCAGAUGAUUGAUGGAGAAAUGUACCCUCCCACUGUGAAGGACACUCAGGCAGAAAUGAUCUACCCACCUCAUGUUCCUAAGCACCUGCAAUUUUCUGUAGGCAAUGAGGUGUUUGGUUUGGUCCCAGGUUUAAUGAUGUAUGCCACAAUAUGGCUCAGAGAACACAAUCGGGUCUGUGACAUCCUUAAGCAGGUGCAUCCAGAAUGGAAUGAUGAGCAGCUUUUCCAAACUACCAGGCUCAUAUUGAUAGGAGAGACCAUCAAGAUUGUUGUUGAAGACUACGUGCAGCAGUUGAGUGGCUACUACUUCAAGCUGAAGUUUGAUCCCGAGUUGCUGUUUAACCAGCAAUUUCAAUAUCAGAAUAGAAUUGCAGCCGAAUUCAACACUCUGUACCACUGGCACCCACUUCUGCCUGACAGUUUUCAGAUCCAUGACCAGGAGUACACUUUCCAGCAAUUUCUCUACAACAACUCUAUCAUGGUGGAACAUGGCCUUUCCCACAUGGUGAAAUCCUUCUCCAAGCAAAUUGCCGGCAGGGUUGCUGGGGGUAAGAACGUUCCUUUUGCAGUACAGAAAGUAGCUAAGGCUUCAAUUGAUCAAAGCAGACAGAUGAGAUACCAGUCCUUGAAUGAGUACCGAAAACGCUUCCUAAUGAAACCUUUUAAGUCAUUUGAGGAACUUACAGGAGAAAAAGAAAUGGCAGCUGAAUUAGAAGAGCUUUAUGGAGACAUUGAUGCUAUGGAGCUGUACCCUGGCCUUCUAGUAGAAAGGCCUCGUCCUGGUGCCAUCUUUGGUGAGACCAUGGUGGAACUUGGAGCACCAUUCUCUUUGAAAGGGCUGAUGGGAAAUGCUAUCUGUUCUCCAGAGUACUGGAAACCAAGCACCUUUGGCGGAAAAGUGGGCUUUGAAAUAAUCAAUACUGCCUCCCUACAGAAGCUCAUCUGCAAUAACGUGAAGGGCUGUCCCAUCACUGCCUUCCAUGUCCUAAACUCUGAAGCCACAGAAACGGCCACCAUUAACGUCAGUUCCUCAAGCUCCUCAAUGGAGGAUAUCAACCCCACAUUGCUAAUGAAAGAGAGAUCCGCUGAAUUGUAGUACAUUGGUUUAUUUAUUUAUUUAAGUAAUUAUAUAAAUUAUUUAUAUUUAUAUCUUUAUAUUUAAAAAAUGAAAUCCAGACUAUGUCUUACUCAGACAAGGGUUCCACUGAUCAAGGCAGACCACUGUUUUUAAAGUUUGCAUCACUGGAUCCAUAAUUACAAAUUCUGCAACAGAAAGAAGUAUUCCAAAGUAAAUGGAAAAUGGUCCUUUUUUGUUGUUGUUGUUGUUGGGGGUGUUUUGCUAUAAAACUUGACAGUAAAUGUUUUGUUUUGUCACUUGAUAGGCAACAUAAUGCUACAGGAAUAAGUUAUUUUGUCAACAUAUAUUUUAAUUUGAAAAUGAGCUAUCAAAAAAACAAGAAGAUUGGAUUAAUGAAAACUGCAAUAAUUACUAAUUA